AUGGUAAGCAUUAUAUUACAAUUAACAAUUAUAAUAAAUUAAAAAAUAGAUUAUCUAAUAAUAUCCUCAGAUUUUAAUAAAUUUAUUCAAAAAAAUUAAAAAUACUCAGAAACAUUUAAUGAUAUAAUUAAAUAAGGAAAAGAAAAGAUUGACAGCACAACAAAAAAAGGCCUUGUUGCAGAAUAGUUUAAUUAAAUAUCUUUGUUUAUUCGUUUAUACAAUUAUUAUGAAAAAAUGAAAAGAAUUUAAGAAAUUCAGGAAUUUUUCUAUUAAUUUGGUUCCUUAUUUAAUGGAGAUUUCUAAAUUAUUUCCCUUAUUUAUUUGACUGAGUUCUAAUAUGUUUAUAAUUGCUUUAAUUGUAAUAAACGUAUCUCCAAUUUUAUAGAUUUCAUCAUUUGCUUUUUUUAAGUAUAAAAUAUUAAAAAAUUUUUCAAUUAAAAGUAAGUUAUAAAUGUUAAUCUUUUAAAGAUUUUGGAUUUAGUAAUUUUUGUUUUUUAUUUAAUAAAAAAGUAAUUUACUGAUAAAGAUUUUAGUCCUAAUGAACAUUAAAAAUUUAAAAGUUAGCUAUAUUUGAAGGAGGUAUUGCCAUUUCAGUCUUUUAAUGGGAUACUGUUAAUGUAAGCAUUUUUAUACAAUUAAUGA